AUGACUCAACGCGUCCCGUACAACGCCAUGUUUUUGCCACCACAGGACCAGCCACCACAGGACCAACCGCCGACGGCCCGUCAAUUAUUCACAAUGCACGAUUUCCCGCCGAUUGGAGCCUCGACACCAGAAGUCCCGCCCACUUCCAGCCAAGCUCCGCCCACAAAUCAAACUCACGCUCAGCCGGCGAAAAUGAUGCAACAAGGACAGGAGAUUCAAGAAAUUCAAUAUAAUUCCACCCUAGACGUCGUCACAAGCUCCGCCCACCAAGGCCACGCCCACUCGGAGCACACCUUCUCCAGAAGCUCCGCCCACUUUCGAGAGUUUGUGCCGAGAAGCAAGAUGGUGGAGGUAGGCCACGCCCCAGCAGGCCACGCCCACUCAAGCCAUGCCAACUCGGACUACGGCUACUUAGGGCCCACCCCUUCAGGCUCCGCCCCCUCGGCAGGCCCCGCCCACUUUGGAGAGUUUGCACCAAUAAGACAAGCUCCUGGCCCCGCCCACUCGGACCUCUUAAGCCCCGCCCCCUCGUUGCUCCGCCCACUACCACCGCAUCUUCCAAUGUACGCCCAACAAAACUAUCAAAAAGUACAGUAUCCUGGAAAUUUGGAAAAUUCGGGACCGAAUUAUUUUCUGGGAGCCGAAUCUUCCCGAACUAUGAGAGGACAUGGAGUGCUGACAUGGCUCUCGCCAAAGGCUGGAAUCCUCAAAACCAGUGACAAUAGGACGGUCUCGUUUCAAGCCAAUGUAUUUUGUGAUCCAGCGUCACUAAGGCCCAGUAUCCAAGGGUACAUCGAAAAAGGGUACAUCGAGUUCUUAGGGUACAUUGGUUCCAAGGGUACAUUGGAUUGUUCGGUACAUGGUCUCAACGAUCUGACACACUGUCUUCACGUCGGCUUCACACUGAAAUUCGUCGCCCAACACAGUAGCGGCACGGACUACAGCGCCACACACGUUUCGCCGUUUUUUGGCUACGAAGCCAAAGAAAUCUUUAGGGAUUCCAAGAAUCCAGUGGAUUUGGACUCUUUUCUUCCCCCUGGUGCACGUGGCAAGCUGGAAUACAAUUUGGAUCUCGAGUUUCAAGCCUACGAAGCCUUUCUUGCCGCUUUUGAGAAGCUAGGAUCCUGUAGAAUUCCGUUGAACAGUUUCCACUCUCAAAUGAGCAAUACGAUUGAUGAGCCACUAUUCCGCUACAUUGGAACGUCGGCAAUGAAACGCCGGAACUUUGUCGAACGCCGCACACACUUGUUUUGUCUACAAAGUGACGAUUCGAUGAUUUUGCAGUACCCCACAAUCUACCGUGCCGUCCUGCUCCUCUCAAACUAUUUGCUCCGUCACGGAGGCGUUAUGGCCAUUGAGGAUCUCUACGCAUUUUUCACGGAGCCUGGAAAAGUGGACCCAUCGAUUUUGACCCAUAUCGGCGCCGAUCGUCCCCAAUUUAUGCAAUUGCUCUCCGCCCAUCCCUACAUUUUCUCCAUUUUUCCAAAUCGUGCCUUUGUGGCGGCCCGUCGCAAUUUGCCCGAUUUUGAUUAUCCCGGAUUCGUCAAUCGAUACUUUCCGGACCUGAUGCCCCGCCCACAACGGGUCCAACAGGCUCCGCCCACUGCUCCGCCCACGCAGCGGGAGGCGGUACCCGGCGGAUUCUACGAAUACGGACACAAUGUGAACACGUGGAUUCAAAAUGUGGCUCAAGAAGUGGGCGGAGCCCAUGAGCAGCUGUCUCGAGAGUUUGCGCACUUGUUGUCGCUGAAAAAUCCGAUUGGAGCACAUCCGAAGUGCACUUGCAAGUGCUCGUGUGGAGCAAUGCCUCAAGGAGCAGCUCAGGCGGCUUCAAAUUCUGGAAUCUUUGGCUCGGUGCGAGCUCCGAGCAACGAGACGGCUGGAAGUUCGGAAGAUCCAAAUCCAAGAAUCGGCAUUCAAAAUUACAACUUGUUUGGUGCCGACGAUCCACAAGGCGGCAAUUUCGAUGCUCUUCGUUUUGGAAAUUUCUAG